CAAAUGAUGCUCUUGGUGUCUUUGGCUUUGUUGCGAAACAAACAAGGAAACACUUUCUUUCAUGAGGCAUUUAUGGUUAAUGCCCAAAAUGGGGAUAAGAUUUUCAGGGCUUUUCAAGAUUCUUUCAUUACAGAUGGUUUAGAGAUGGAAGCUGAAUUUAAGAAAAUUGUCAAUCAUUUAGCAGUAUUUGCAAUCAACAAGGAAGGGAAAUCAUUAUUGUACGUGGCCACUAUGGUUGGUUGUAAGUAAGUUGUUGAUCAACUAUUGGAUAUUUGCAUCGAACAUGACGUCAAGCCUCAAGGAAAAUCUCCUUUUCUUCCGGCACUUACCGAGAGAGAUAUGGAUAUGCUGCAAACCAUUUUGAUCAAGAAACCAAAUUGGAUACACUUAAGAAAUGGAGAAGGAAGGCUUGCUCUCCACCAGGCAGCGUUUAUAGGGUACCAUGGAGCUGUUUCCUACUUAGUAAAGAAAUGUUCUUCCUGUACCAUUGAAAGGGACAACCAUGGCUUCUUCCCUAUUCACUUGGCAUGCAUUAGAGGUCAUGUCAAAGUAGUUGAAGAGCUACUAAAAUACUAUCGAGAUCCCACAGAGCUGCUUGACAAAAAUGGCCAAACUUUGCUUCACGUUGCUGCUAAAAGUGGAAAAUAUGAGCUUGUUAGGUACAUCCUCCAACAUCCUAAACAUGAGAUGAUGAUAAACCAGACAGAUAAUGAUGGGAAUACUCCUUUGCAUUUGGCCACCCUUCACUGCCAUCCCAAAAUUGUGCAUUCAUUGACCUGGGACAACAGAGUCAAUCUCGCUGUGCUAAACCAAGAAGACCAAACAGCUCUAGACAUUGCUGAACUAAAGCAUGGCAAAAAUCCAUCCUUUGCGCAGGUACUUACAUGCAUUGCAUUGCAAUCUGCUAGUAGACCUCGAAGUUCUGCUGGGCCAUUGCUUUCAAAUGACAAAUUAAUAUAUGGUGAAGAAAGAGAACCAGCCAGCACCAAAAAAUAUAAAGAUAGUGUUGACACUUUGAUAUUGGUUUCAACUCUUAUAAUAACAGCAUCCUUUGUUGCUGGAUUCGCAAUGCCGGGUGGUGUAGAUAAGGGAACAGCUGUUAUGCUGAGUCAUGUGAUGUUCCAUUUGUUCAUUCUCUCCCUCACAAUCUCCGUCUUUGGGGCUAUUAUUACAACUAUAAUUCUCUUGUGGGCUCGUAAAGAUGAUGUGCUUUUACUGCGUUUUGCUCUGAAGUGUGCGAUGCCAGUUCUAGGUAUUUCUUUGACGACACUCUCUCUGGCAUUUUUGGCAGGUGUGUAUCUUGUGGUCAACAAACUUAGCUGGUUGGCCACUACCUUUUUGGUGUUGAGUGUGGUUUUGGCCUUCAUGGUUGUGUUCUUAUAUGCCCUUCUUUGGCUGCCAUCCCCUUCAACCAUACCAUUCGUUCGAUAUAUUUCCUAUUAUCCCUUUCUUCUUCUUGCUAAGAUAGUUGAAGGGAAAACUGAUGCCAACUAAGGUUCCAGUACUUCUAGUACCCUGUAAUAUAGAUGAAGUGCAUAGUUAUUACCAGUAGGAUGAAGAAUCACGCCUGUUAAGGAUUAAGUAUAUUUAUGUGUUUGGUGUCUAUUUAUAUUAUGUCAUAUAUAUUCAUCUGUACUCUUAUGUUGUAAUGGGAUUGGUUUGUAUAGGAUAGUUGGCAGGGUGUAUAUGAUUGUAAUCUUGUGUGUCUCUUAUGUAUAUGGAUUAGUUGUAAGGUUGUGAUCUUUGUGUGCUUUAUGGAGUUGUACAUUUUGGGUCUAUUUGACCCCAUUAGACAAUAAUGACUAGUGAGCGAUUUCUAGACCACAUGUGGAAUUAUGUACAGAGGAUGUUUGUCAUGCAU